UAGUUGGCUGAGUUAUUUUGAUUCGACCGAGCAAAAGUUACUCAUUAAACACAAGUUACCAAAUAUUGCGUUUAUCGUCGGUUUUCCGCAUUUUAUUAUUUAAUUGAAUUAUUAUCAGUGAAUUGUGUUCAAUAAAUUAUAUCUUCAUCUACAAGAUACCCAAAAAAAAAAUCUUAACCCUUAAAAGAGUGCCAUAAGUGUUGCAACUGAUUUUUUUUUUCCAAUUAGCUAUUUAAAGGUUUUUGUUUACUUGACCGGUCUGUGAGUGUGAAUCAUAAACAAAAAAUCAUUGCUUUAAAAAGAAACACAAGUUGACUGUAGUCAAAAAAAUCAUCCUUGAAUUAAAUUGUCUAGAAAAAAAUUGUGCGGUGCGAAAUCAAAAUGCCGAGUUACAGUUACAACAACUAUCCGAAAAAUUACGGCGCGAACGGUAUCGGGCUCGUAAACUUAGCAGCUCUCGGUUACUCCGAUGGCGAAAAGCAUGAAAAAAAACCUGUGGGAUUGUAUCCAGCUCUACCGUAUCCAGCAGCAGCCAACUUAUCGUAUGUGCCAACAGCACCUCCAGCUUCCGGAACAUCUCCGUAUCCAACAUUACCUUAUCCGUCGUCAGCACCAUAUCCAACUUCGACACCAUAUCCAUCAUCAACACCGUAUCCAGGAUCUGCUCCCUAUCCUACUAACAUGGGAAUGCCAACACCCUAUGGCAAUGCACCCUACCCAAGUGCUUCAACCUUACCAUCCCUUCCAUAUCCUGGGGCUUCUUCAUUCCCAGGAAUGCCUAUGCCUUACGAUUCUGUAUCGCAAAAUUCCCAAAGCUCUGGCUAUGGCAGUUUAUAUCCUUCUAUACCUUCCCUUCCAGAUACCGAUGGAUCUUUUGGUGGGUUGAACUACCGUAAUACACCGGCGAACGUGUACCCAACUUUAAAACCAGAUGAUGAUUCCGACAUAUCUGUUCCAUCGCAAGCAGAUGAACCAUCAGUUGGUAUUCCAGAGAUACCGUUUCAUACUGUCAAUGUACCAGAAAAUGAGAACAUGUUUUGGCUCGGCGAAAAAGCAAGUGGCUUCCGAGUUCACUCUGAUGUUCAGGAUUUCGAAAGCCUUCGCGAUCAGUGCCUUUCAUCGGGAUCUCUUUUCGAAGAUCCCAUGUUUCCCGCUAACAAUGAAUCACUCAUGUUUUCACAACGACCAGAUCGUCAUAUUGAAUGGAUGAGGCCGCAUGAAAUAUGCGAUGAUCCUCAAUUCUUUGUUGAGGGCUAUUCACGUUUUGAUGUGCAACAAGGUGAAUUAGGUGAUUGCUGGUUACUUGCAGCUGCUGCAAAUCUUACUCAGUACCAACAUCUUUUCUUCCGUGUUGUGCCAACCGAUCAAAGUUUUGAAAACUACGCUGGUAUCUUCCAUUUCUGUUUCUGGCAGUAUGGUAAAUGGAUUGAUAUUGUUAUUGAUGAUCGCCUUCCAACAUAUCGUGGCGAAUUAUUAUACAUGCAUUCGACAGAGAAAAAUGAGUUCUGGAGUGCGCUUCUCGAAAAAGCAUACGCAAAACUACAUGGUUCAUACGAAGCACUCAAAGGUGGCACCACAUGCGAAGCUAUGGAGGAUUUCACUGGUGGAGUUACAGAAUGGUAUGAUCUCAAAGAAGCACCGCCAAAUCUAUUUACCAUUCUUAGCAAAGCAGCUGAGCGCAAUUCUAUGAUGGGUUGUAGUUUAGAACCCGAUCCAAAUGUAACGGAAGCUGAGACUCCACAAGGCUUGAUUCGGGGACAUGCAUAUUCAAUAACAAAGGUGGCACUUGUAGAUAUUGUUACCCCAAAUCGAACAGGAAAAAUUCCAAUGAUUCGCAUGCGUAAUCCAUGGGGAAAUGAGGCCGAAUGGAAUGGUCCAUGGAGUGAUAGUUCCCCGGAAUGGCGAUACAUUCCGGAGGAUCAAAAAAUAGAAAUCGGUUUGACGUUCGACAAAGAUGGAGAGUUCUGGAUGUCUUUCCAAGAUUUCUUAAAUAAUUUCGAUCGUGUUGAAAUUUGCAAUUUAUCACCAGAUUCACUUACCGACGAAGAACAGCAUAAUGGCAAACGUAAAUGGGAAACUUCAAUGUUUGAGGGUGAAUGGACAGCCGGCGUAACAGCAGGAGGCUGUCGUAAUUUUUUGGAUACAUUUUGGCAUAAUCCACAAUAUGUUAUCAAUUUAAUGGAUCCCGACGAGGAAGAUGACGAUGGCAAAUGCACAGUUAUUGUUGCACUAAUGCAGAAAAAUCGUCGAUCAAAACGAAAUAUGGGCAUGGAAUGUUUGACUAUUGGUUUUGCUAUUUAUCAUUUAACACCAAGGGACUUGGAUAUUAAACCGCAACCACUGAGUUUCUUCAAAUAUCGUGCUUCCGUUGCGCGCUCGCCUCAUUUUAUAAACACUCGUGAAGUGUGUGCCCGCUUUAAGCUACCUCCUGGCCAUUAUCUUAUUGUACCUUCAACAUUUGAUCCUAACGAAGAGGGAGAAUUUAUUAUUCGUGUCUUCUCUGAGACACAGAAUAAUAUGGAAGAGAACGACGACCAUGUUGGAUAUGGAGAUGUGGAUGAUAGGGUUGGCAAUUAUGAUGGAAGUAAUAAUGGUGAUGGAUAUCCCGAUGUUGCUCCAGCCAUUCCUUCGCAACCCCUCGAUCCACAAAGAGAGAGUUUGCGACGAUUGUUCCAAAGUAUUGCUGGUGCUGAUCAAGAGGUCGAUUGGAUGGAAUUGAAAAGAAUUUUGGACCAUUCAAUGAAAGACGACUUGCCAAAGCAUCCGUCGAAUGGUUAUAACCAAGCAACAAAUAAUCAAUUUGUAAGUGGAGGUCCUGGACCAGGAAGAAAUGACGAAGAUGGGGGCGGCGGCGGAGGAGGGGGAAUGGAUUUGUUUGCAUUGCUAUGUGGUCCUUUCUGCAAAGGAACUCCUCUUGAAGGAGUGCUUGGUUUGGACCAACAGCAGCAGUCGUAUACGAGUGUGAAUCCAUUGAACUCAGAUUCUGUAAUGUUUGAAGACAACAGUGGCUUCUCUAAAGAUGUAUGUCGUUCCAUGGUUGCUAUGCUUGAUGCAGAUCAAUCAGGAAAAUUAGGCUUCGAAGAAUUUGAAUCUCUUCUGAACGACAUUGCUAAAUGGAAAGCUGUGUUCAAACUCUACGAUACUGGUCAUACAGGACGAAUUGAAGGUUUUCAAUUACGAGAUUCCCUCAAGUCAGCGGGUUACCAAAUUAAUAACCGAAUCCUUAAUGCACUGGCUCAUCGUUAUGGAUCGAGAGAUGGAAAAAUUGCAUUCGAUGAUUUUCUCAUGUGUGCAGUAAAGAUCAAAACAUACAUCGAUAUCUUCAAGGAAAAGGAUACAGAAAAGAACAACACAGCCACAUUCAGCAUGGACGAGUGGAUAGAAAAGACAUUAUAUUCAUAAAAAAACAACAAGCUUCAUUUAUCACAAGCUUCUCUUCACAUGGCUCUUUUAUGAUCAAAACUAAUAUAAUUUUUCAAAUAUUGCAACCAACAAUAAAUUUCCAAAUAUUACAACCAAAAGUGCUAAACAUUUUGCAACUCAAUGAAUCUCCGCCAAAAAAAAUUAAUUGUAUACUAUUGUAACUAAAAGUGCAUGUUAUUUGCAAUGUAUACUGCAAAACAAGAACAAAUAGGAACAAUCUACGUACACACAAGCAUAUUUCCAUUUAUUAAGCUUAUUUUGUUUGAUCGCUUGCGAUGGCAAUGUGUUUGUGUGUAUCUAACUGCGUUCAAAAAAUGAAUCCAUAUAAAAAAGUAUGGGUAAAUAAACCUGAUAUGUAACACUAAGAACUACAAGAAUUAUUCUCUUAACAUAAAUUUUGCAUUUGAUUUUCUCUUAUUAAGCUUAUUUGAAUCUAUAUUUUUGUAUACUUUUAUGUUGUGUUUGUUUAACUAACUUAAUUACUAACUCGAAAACAGUCGAUUCUCUCUUUUUAUUUGAGUUUAUUCAAUUUCAAUUAUUGUGUUUAUUACUAAUGACUUAAAUUAUUAUUUAUAGAAAUAAACAACAGUUAUGAAAAAAUACAAUGCAUUGAGGUUUCAUUUCAUUAAAAAAAGCCAUAAGAUUUAUCUUUAAGUUAUUUUUUGAGAAGUGUUUUGAAUUAUAAUUUGUUUGCGUUUGAAUUAAAUUUGUUAUCUCUGUUGACCAUAAAGUUGUAUCAUUCUCGAAAGUUAUCUCUACAGUACCUAGGAGAUGAAAGACAAGGGCUUUUCCAUAAUUGGUGGAUAUUAUGUUAGUAGGCAAGUUAUACAUA